ACCACAAAUAGAGGGAAGAGAAAAAGACAAAGUGAAUUUCUGGAUGCGGAGAGCCUGCUUCCAUCAUUUGAUACUCGAAUUCCGUCGCCCAAUGAUGAGUUAUCAAACAGGCAGAUGGCCUUAGAUCCAUGGCAAUUUGGACUUCUGGUUGAGGAAGCAUCAUCCAUGGUCGGCGGGACAGGCAAUUCAGAUUCAGUCAAAACUGCGCAAGGUUCGUUGAGCAGGUACUUACCAUAUUCAGUUCCCCUUAGUGGCGACGUGUCCUAUCUUGCUGGCGACGUGUAUCAGUUGAGAGCCAACGAUGUCAUCGUCGCAGCUCUGUCUGGACUGAUUGCAGGUCCAAUUUAUCUAACCGACCCAUAUUAUCAAAACAUUUCACCAUUCAUCAAUAUGCCGAUUACGGACAAUUUGAAAAAACAAUUCAUCAAAUGGAGGCAUCGUGUUAUGUAG